GUCCUUCAACUCCGCGAUGUGACUAACGAGCACAGCAAAGCGGCCACGCUAUUGGUCUGUGCCAACCGCACCGUUGACGCAGUGCGCCUUCUGCUCGGCUGCGGUCGCGUCAAGGAGGCCUUGGUGCUUUUUCGCCUCCGACUAUCGCCCGACCUGAAUCCAGAUCUGCACAAAGCCUGUCUCACCGCACUGGCUGAACGGCUGACUCACACGGGUCUCCCACACUCUGCUCUUUGCCACCUCGCCAGCGGCCAGACGGACAAGGCCAUCGAUCUGAUUCUCAAUUCAGUCCCUCACUCGGCGCCUCCGAUUGAUCAUAUUGCCGUCUACUGGACUGCCUUCUCGGUGCUUGAGGGCAGCAGCACCCUAACACUCCCAGCCACCGUUGCCAGUCUGGAGCUGCUGGCCUUCAAGCUGGCUCUCGCCUGCGUCAAGUAUGCUGCCGACUUUGAGAAACUGGAAGAACAGCGGGUGUUCCUGUCAGGCUGGCGAGAUACCCUAGACAGUAGCAACACUGAACAUCAGCUACCGCCGACCGCCACCAAAGCGCGUGAGAUUGCUCAAUGGAUUCUCGUCUGUGCGCGUUUCGUUCUGCCCUCUACGGUCGGGGUUAUUGCGCCGGAGGAAUUGCUUCCUGAUGAUUGCCAGGAUGUAAGCGCCACUAUCGCUCCGCGACUGGAAGUGUUAGUGCAGGACAGACCAGUGGGCGCAGAUCUACCCACCCAGCUUGUCCACCUCACCAUUGAUCUGUCCCUCGCGCUCCUCAGCCCUACUUCCAGCGGACAAGCCCGCCUGAAGGGCACACUGGACACCCUGCGUACCACUUUCUCUGACAGAUAUUCCACCUUUCAGCGUAAUGUGGCUAUGCUUUCUUCUCUGUCAUCUUCCCAGCAUCUUCCUGCAUUUAGCCACCUCAGCGGCCUUUUUGCCGUCGGCGCAGAGAUUGUCUGA